AGCAAACAUAGUAGAGAUUUACCCAUGUAACGACGCUUAUAAAUACCUCUCACUCUCUCCACACCACGACAUUACUUCUACCUACCACAUCCUGCAGAUAUGUAAAUCUGGUAUCACUCAUCCUAAUACCUACACCAGUCAUCGUGACCUCUUGAAUGCUCGCACAUUAUAAAUGAUACGUGCUUCUCGAUUUCAUUCUACACCACAGCUAUCAUCCUAUCCCGUUUGCGUGAACUAACAUGGCGCUACACUUGAAAUUCAUAGAUCGUCGGAACGGGGAGGACUUGCGUUCUUGGAUGAAGGAAAUGGAACAUCGUAACGACAAUGCUACGGGCUUCUAUGGAGUUUCUUACCUGCCCCGCAUGAUAGCUCGCGAUCUAGUUCCUAGCCGAUAUCUCCCGUCAUCUGAUGGCUCCCAAGCCGAAGAUACAUCAAGCGGCGACACUACGACUGGCUCAGGAAGGCGAAUGGUGCAACCUAACCCUACGUCAAUGCAUUUCCUGGUUCCUGACCCUGGUAAGAGUAUCGCAAAGAAGGUUCCAGUACUCCAAUACCUUGGAAGUGACAGUUUCGCAUCACACAUCAAAUCUGUGACAGAUUCAACAAUUGAUGCAAUCACGACUCUUCCUGAUUUGGACACAAUAUUGAAUUCUUGGCAGGCUAUUGGGCAAGAGAAGCUAUACCGUCUUGGGAAGUCAACCUUCGGAGGAGGCUUCCUUGCUGACCCCAUGGGUCUGGGGAAGUCGCUAACAGCCAUUAUAUCAGCUGUCAGGCUACGCAGGGAGCUGCCCGGACAGGGGUUUAUAUUGGUUGUAUGUCUAAAGUCGUGCGUUUCGCAAUGGUACGACGAAAUAAACAGACAUUUCAAAGAGGGUCGACAUCCAUCUGUGAUGAUCCUUGAUCGCGCGGAUUAUCCAGUAACGAAGCUACUCGGCUUUGACGUGGUUAUUACCAGCCACAGCUUUUUGAGACAACGGUAUCUUGACAUGUGCUUACAGGAAGAAUUUCGCGAUAUUUUGGCUACGGUUUCUUUGCCUGCAGUGAAGCAAACAAUGGGGAUUUCAGAGAUCGUCCGCACUCCCAACCCGCUGUAUUCGGGGAUUUACGAAAAGAUGAAGAAGAAAAUAUCUGUCUUGGUAUUUGAUGAAUCCCAGCACGUCAAAAAUUUGGAUACUUCGCUAUGGGCGGCUGUCAAUUCCUUACAAUAUCAUAAGAUAUUAUUGUUAUCAGGGACUCCUGCAUACAACACUCUGGAUGACCUUUACGGUCAGAUCGCUUUGCUUCCUGGAUGUCCAAUUAUAAGUCUUGAGCAUUUUGGACUCCUUUUCGGUACGACUAAGGCAUUGCCUCGUAAAGCCCUAGACGAUUUGCCUAAGCCGCGCAUGCUUCUUCUAAAAAGAUUUAUGGCGGCAAUAUUAAUUGCCAGGCCCAGAGAAAUUUUAAAACUCCCAGGUAUAUAUGAGAGGGAUGUUUUAGUGAAGCUGAACUGGGAGACUCAUCCUGCAGCCUUAAUAGCCAUCGAACUAUUGGUAUCGCGUGCUUACAAUCUAAUGGGUCGAUGGAAGUUGAGUAAUCGCUUCAUGCGACAAAAAUUGAAGCGGCAAGCUUUCGCCCUCUUUUGGACAGCCCAAUCGUUCUCGGCUGGUCCGUUGUUAACCCUAAGAGACGUCGAGGGAAGCCAAACCCGGUAUUCAUCUGAGGUCGAAUGGAUAACCAACCGAUUCAAGUAUUUCGUUGAUGUGACCGAAGACUUGGACCAAGACUCGACAUUGGAAACUCUAGGUGAAGUCCAGAGAGUGAAGUUCGUGAAAUGGCUACACGAAUUAUCCGGCCCUGGCGGACCUCCAGAGAAGGCUAACCCGAAAAAUAUCAAUGAUGAUAUCGAUGUUGACAGUGAAGAUGACAUGGAAAUUGAAUAUCACGGUCUGGGAGAGUAUUCGGAAUCCAACGGCGACGAUGAUAAUGAAGACGAGGAUUACUCCAAAGACAUGUCUGAGGAUGAAACAUGUGUCUGUGAGGAUUAUAUUUCGGGUUCGGAUGAUGAAGGAGAUGGAAAGGGAGCCAAGAAGAAGAUCCCAAGAUCGGAAUGGCAUAAAUAUUUGAAGAAUCAAUCGGAAAGUGACCUCUUCUCGCCUAGGAUUCCUGCCGUCGUCGAAACAAUCAAGUCUAUACGCGAGAAUGGGAACAGUAAGAUAAUAGUCGCUUCUCAGUCCGUCAUGUUCCUGGACGUCCUUCAUCUAGCCCUAACACGCACGGGAGACGAAUACGCUGGCGCUAGCAUCGGAGAGUUCAACGGGACUAUUGUGUCCUGAGAAGCUCGUGCCGAUAUCCUAAGAGACUUCAACGAUCCAAGAGGUAAAUCAACCAUACUUCUUUGCACGGUCGCGGCAGGUGGCACUAGACUAAACAUAACUGGCGCGUGUCAUCUCAUUGUUUGCGAGCCCCACUGGUCGCCAGGUCAAUUAGAACAGUUAAAAGGAAGACUUUGGC